AGUGUGCGUGUGACAUUUGAAGUUUUGUGAGCAAGUGAAUAGUUAUUGGGGAUUUUAAAGUGAAAAUGGCUUUAAGGAAAGUAAUAAGUAGAAGCUUAAAAAAGCUUUUGGCUACCAGAACUUAUUCCUUAAAUCUGUGCUUGAAGCAGAGCGUGUGGACGCCAGAAAAUAUUGUUCAGUCGCCUUACAAGCCAGUCGAUAUACCUAAUAGGAUACUCACCGAGCAUAUUUGGGAGAACUUGGAAAGAUGGCCUGAUAAAACAGCCAUGGUCUGCGGUCUGACUAAUAGAUCGAUCACAUAUCAUCAACUUUAUAGGUUAUCUAAAACAUUUGGUGCUCAACUACGAACAAAAUUUCAAAUAACUGAUGGUGAUAUAGUUUGUGUGAUGAUGAAUAAUGUACCAGAAUAUGCACCAGUAAUUUUCGGAAUAAUCGAAGCUGGAGCCUUAGUGACUACGGUCAAUCCUACUUAUACACCCUAUGAAGUCCACAGACAGCUAGUACUGUCAAAUCCUAAAGCAUUAGUUGGAAUUCCUGAAACAGUACCGGUAUUAAAAGAAGCACUAAAACUAGCUAAAAAAAAUAUUCCCAUUAUAUGCUGUGAUACGAAAUCUAACCUUCCUGUUGGAACAGUAUCUUUUCAAGAAUUGAUCGAAGACAAUCAUGUUAACUUAGAAGUUUUAAAAGAAGUUAAUAUGAAUUCUGAAGAUGUUGUAUUAUUGCCUUAUUCUAGCGGGACCACUGGAUUACCAAAAGGUGUAGAGCUUACAAAUAGGAAUAUAGUUGCUAAUUGUAUUCAACAAGAUGACGAAGAAACUCGACAUUUCGACGACACUACAAUUGAAAAUCAAGACUCCGUAUUGGCUGUGCUUCCAUUCUAUCAUAUUUAUGGGCUAUGUAUAGUUAUGAUCCACAAAUUAAGUGUUGGCUGCAAAGUAGUUACAGUACCCAAAUUUCAUCCCAAUACUUUCAUAGCUACAUUAGAGAAAUUCAAUAUUAGCUUACUUUGUGCAGCGCCACCAUUAGUUCUUUUUCUGGGCUCACAUGAUGGUGUGAAAUCAAAACACCUGGAACCUGUAAAAAGAUUAACAAGCGGUGCAGCACCAUUACCUAAGCCUGAUAUUGAAAAACUUAUCAAAAAAGCCCAGAAUAUACAAAUGCUUCAAGUUUACGGAUUGACAGAAACAUCGCCAUUGGUGACAACACUCACUGCUGGAUCUCAAAAUUAUACUUCUGCUGGAAAGCCUAUAUCAAACACUGAAUUAAAAGUAAUCAACUCGGAAGGAAAAAGUUUAGGACCAAAUAAGGUAGGAGAACUUCUGAUUAGAGGACCACAAGUAAUGCGAGGUUAUAAAGACAAUCCUGAAGCUACUAAAAAUUGUAUUACAGAAGAUGGUUGGUUUAAAUCUGGUGAUCUAGCAUCACUUGAUAAUGAUGGAUCGUUAACUAUUGCAGAUAGAUUAAAAGAAUUAAUAAAGGUUAAAGGAUAUCAAGUUGCUCCAGCAGAAUUGGAAAGUGUUAUCAAAGAACAUCCAGCUGUUCUUGAUGCUGGUGUAAUUGGAGUUCCAGACCAGAGUACUGGCGAACGACCAAAGGCUUUUGUUGUAUUAAAAGAGGGAUACAGAUCAGAAAAGAACGAUAUAGCGAAUUUUGUAGCUGAAAGGGUCACAGAAUAUAAAAGACUUAAGGAAAUCGUAUUCAUGGAUAGUUUACCAAAAAAUCCAUCAGGAAAACUAUUGAGAAGAGUUUUGAGGGAAAAAUAUUGCUAGCACAAAUAUUAUUUAAAGUUUUGUAAAUAUUAUGGAUUACCUUUUAGAGUCUUUGAAAACUUCCCGUUUUAAUUUCCUGUCUUUGAGAACAAAUAACUAUUAAAUACAUUCAACAUUAUUACCUACAAAUAUUAACAUUAAAUCUUCUCAAUAAAUGUGUGGCUGAAUAAAAUUCAAUGUUAAUUUAAAUGUAGUAUAC